AUGGUCGUAUCCAGGUCACCACCACCAGUGCGCAGGUCCCCACGCAAAGACGCGUCGGCGGCCCUUGACGCCUCGUUCUCGUCCUUCUCCUCCCACGCUACCCAGCCGAGGAAGAUCGGCAAGCUUCCUUCCUCCAGACCAUCCGCCGCCUCCGUCGUCGAGCCAGCUACUCCGGUGCACGCCGCUGCACCAGCCUCUAGCUUCCCCAGCCUCGAUCAGAUGGCCGCCGCGUCGCAGGAACGUCGCUCUGCAUCUCGCCCCGCCGACCGAGCAGCCUUCUCCGCCUCCUUCCCGGCCAAGACCUCCAACAUGGUCCCCAGCUCGCUUCCGCGCCCUGUUUCGCGCCCGCAAAUGCUGCACAGCGACGACGACGAGCAGGACACUGCACACCGCGUGCGGGGGGCGCGUAGCUCGCUCACCAACGGCGCCAUCCAACGCGCCCGUCAGAUGGCCGGCGACGAGACCCCUAUCGCCGUCUCCCAAGCCAAGGCGGCUCGUCAAGCAGCCGGUGCCGUCCACAAGGGUACCAGCCCUCCUCUUGCCGACGAAAGCGGCGAUUCCACCGCACAGCUCGUUCCAGGCCGACGCGAUCCUGCCAUCGACCCCGUUCAUGCCGACAUUCAAGUCGAUGUCCCUCGCCUUCCUAACCUUGACCGCCCUCUCACGUCCAUCUCUGCAUCUCAGCCGUCCCACUCGGAGACAGCUCCACCGGCAAACGCGGCUGUCGGCACCUCGAGCGCCUCGCAGGCUUCCAUCUUUGGAACCACCAAUCGUCGAAACGGUCAAGACCAGCCCAUCGGUGCGGCGAGUGCAGCCGUGGGCACCGCGUACGACUUCGACAAGUACCUCGACAGCGAACUCGACCCUUUCAACCGAGCGUCCCGCGCGAACCCGCGGAGGGAAUCUCGUCCUCUCCCGGCUCAGCAACAGCCGGACGACGAGGACGAAGCAGAGUCCUCAGGAGACAACACUGCGCGCGGGUCCCAGCUUGCGCGUGCCCGCUCCGCUGCGGCUGCCAGUACCGCACCUGCUCCAACAUCUGCUCCUAUCGAGUCCACUCCACUCAUCAGUCGCGUCAAGGCAGCCGCCACCCCCCGCCUCAGUCCGCAUGCCAGCCCCAGUGUUUCCAGCCACAAACUCUCCCACCUCUCCUCACUCUCCAGCGGUCAAGCCGCCUCGUCCUCGACGUCCACUCGCCAGUCUGUCCUCGCCGACUCGUCCAUUGCCUCCAAUCACCGCUUCGACCCUUCUGCUCGUGCGGAUCGCAUCCAGACUAUGGAGCUCGGCGAGCUCCGCAAGAAGCACGCCGCACUCCUCCGCGAGCUCGACGCCACCCAGGACGCGCUCACCGCAGCAAAGGAAGAAUCCGAAGGCUGGGCCUCAGAGUGCACCGGUCUGCAGGAACAGCUUGCAUCGACCAAGAGCACACACCAGGCUGCCAUCGCUCGCGAGUCCAGGACGCGUGCCGAGCUUCAGGUGCGCCUUCACCAGUACAAGAUAGAGGCCGACGACCGCGCCUGGAAGCUGCUCGGACAGCGUCGCCAAGCGUGCCUUAUCGACGUCGCCCUCCAGCAUGCCAAGAACGAGGCCACCUAUCACGAGGGCCGCUACCAUGCCGCCGAUGCCGACCUCAGGGGCCAGAUGGACGAGCUGCGUAUCCGCCUCAUGCUCGAACGCAAGCGUGCCGAUCUGCUCUCGCUCCACGUUCGCGCCGCACUCCGCGACGAGGCACGUCUCAAAAAGAAGAUCGCCGCCAAGUCGGCCGCGUCGCUCGAGCUGCAGGCCGAGAACGAAAAGCUCGCCGAGCUCCUCGAGGAGGCACGUCAGUCGCGCGCAAACGGUGCGGGUGCAGGCGAAGAAGCCAAGUCGCUUCGCAAAGAGCUCGCAGAGGCGCAAGCCGAGAUCGAGGAGCUCCAGAAGCGCGACGACAUGAUGACCGAGACACGCAAAGCCUGGAAGGCGGAACGCAAGGAGCUGCUCGCGCAAAUCGAAGAGCUCAAUGCCGCACCGGCGCCGGCCGCCAAGUCCAAGCCGGCUGCACAAGCACCGCAGCCAAAGGUGUCCAAGCUCAUUGCAGCUGCGCAGGAGCUUCCGCCGUCCUCGCCCGUCUACGCCAAGAAGCGGCCCAUGCAGGGCGCCUCUGAGCUCGGCCCGCCCUCGGAAGACGAGGUCGACCGACACGUCGUCGCCACAGCCGCCACGCGCAAGCCCAAGGGCGCCAAGUCCUCGUCUCCACUUGUGCCCUUCGCCAAGAUCUCUGCUGCCAGCUCGAUCAAGGCAGCUCUGGCAAAGAAGAGCGCCAAGCCGUCCAAGGCCGCCACGAACGGCAAGUCGAGUUCCAGCAAGAACUGGCGCGACGAGGUCGCUAUCACAGACUCGUCGGAGGACGACUCGGACGAUGACAGGCAUCGCCGCCGCGGUCGUGGUGCUCGCGACGACUCUGACGGCGAGCAAGACUCGGGGGUCGAGCGAGCCAAGGCCAAGGCGGGCAAGAAGAAGAGCAGCGCUUCGGCAGGCAAGAAGAGUACUGGAUCCAGCGGCACGCGCACCAAGCCCGCUGCGGUGCGCAAGAACAAGCCGGCCAUGCCGAUCGAGUACGACGACCAGACUGCGGAUCCGUCGGCCACACCGAUCAUCCGCUCAAACAAGCGCACCGUGGACGACGACAGCGACGACGAGCGCGCAGACUCGAGUGUGCUGGGCGCAAAGUUCGGCCGCGACCGAACCAACUUGGCGCUGCCAAAGGCCACGACCAAACCUGCAAAGUCCAGCAAGGCUGUGGCGCCCGCAGCCGAUGAGGGUCAGGUCAAGAAGAAGAAGCGCAAGCUGCUGGGCGGCGGCGGCGCCAUGCAGUGGGGCGCGACGGCUAACGACGCUGGCCUCGCACCCAACUUCGAUAUCCCGCUCGAACUCAGCCCGAUCAAGGGCGGCGCGGCUUCCAAAGCCGGUGGCGGCGCAGCGUUCCUCGCCGGCUUCGGUAUGCCCUCCCGCAACCCUUUCGCUUAG